AUGUGUGAUUAUGAAAUUAUUAGAUUAAGAAAUCUUGAGGACAAUCGCCGAGUUCUUGCAUCGUUUGGAUUAUUAGACCCGUUCAAGUCUUUACCACGUAUCAUCAAACAAAACAAGAAACCUGUGCUUAAAUCAACAAAUUUAAAGAGGAAGUUGCCAGUAACUGACUGUGAUUUUAUUGGAGGGUCAUUGUACGGCACAAGGCGAAAGUCUGCUCGAUUGGAACAGUCAUCAGAUAAUAGAGUGUCCUAUGAAGAACUGGGUGCAUGUAGUGAUGAGAAGCAAGUGACGAAAGUGCCAAGCAAUAGGCCACAUUUUUAUGGAGCUGUAUCAGGUAUUGACGUUGGCACUGUCUGGGCAACACGCAUGGAAUGCUGCAGGGAUGGCAUUCACAGGCCAACGGUUGCAGGCAUCCAUGGAGGUGAAGAUGGAGCUUAUUCGAUUGCACUUUCUGGAGGAUAUGAAGAUGACAUAGACUUGGGUGAUUGUUUUACGUACACAGGAGAAGGUGGUCGAGAUUUAAAGGGCACAAAGUCAAAUCCAAAGAACCUGCGUACAGCCCCACAGUCAAGAGAUCAAACUUUGACCAGAGGAAACCUAGCCUUGAGUAAAAAUGUGGAAACUAAAAAUCCUGUGCGAGUCAUUCGGGGUUACAAAUUGCAGAGUCCAUUUGCUCCUGAAGAAGGUUACAGAUAUGAUGGGCUGUAUACAGUGGAGAAAUGUUGGUUUGUAACGGGACUGUCAGGUUUCGGAGUGUGGAAAUUUGCUCUUAGACGUUGCCCAAACCAAGACCCAUCACCCUGGCAGUUUUCAGACUCCACCUCUUUGACACACUUGCAUAAGUUUGAUGUGUCCUGCACACACCCCAUAGACAAGGAACCUGACCAUAAUGAUGGUUCUGCCAACACUGUUGCCGAGGAUGACACUGAUGCUUCAAGUAAGACAGGAGUGGAGGCUGUCAACUGCAAGGUUACCCAGGCUCUUGAUGACAAAGGCAACUCUGUGGAUGAAACCCGUAGCAAGGGAGUCCUACAAGAGAUUUCUGUAGUCCGUGCUAGUGCAGUCACUCGCAAAAGAGGACGUAAUAAAAAAGUAAAUGGAUCUUUUUAG